UCGGCACCAGGCUAGCACCAGGCUAGCACGGAGAGUCAGUCGAGGGCUCUGCUCCCUUUCACCCCGGCUCGGUCACACUCACCGCCCGCACAUUCCAGCACCAUGGCUGCUACGGACGUAGACGUGUUCUCGAAUGAAGAGAAGCGUAACCUGACUUUGGGCGGCCAUGUUGGAUUCGACAGCCUCCCUGACCAACUUGUCAGUAAAUCGGUCACUCAGGGAUUUUGUUUUAACAUCCUCUGUGUAGGGGAGACUGGUAUUGGCAAGUCGACAUUAAUGAACACACUUUUCAACACUAUGUUUGAGAACGAAGAGGCGAGCCAUUACCAGAACGGCGUGUACCUUCGGCCACGGACUUACGACCUUAAAGAAAGCAACGUCCACCUCAAACUGACGAUUGUUGAUAGUGUUGGCUUCGGUGAUCAGAUCAACAAAGAGGACAGCUACAAGCCCAUCGUUGACUACAUCGACACUCAGUUUGAAAACUAUCUCCAGGAGGAGCUGAAGAUCAAGCGCUCGCUGUUUAACUACCACGACACCAGGAUCCACAUUUGCCUUUAUUUCAUCGCCCCAACAGGACACUCCCUCAAGUCUCUGGACCUCGUUACCAUGAAGAAACUGGACAGCAAGGUCAGCAUCAUUCCCAUCAUUGCCAAAGCGGACACAAUCUCCAAGAGUGAGCUCCAUAAAUUCAAGAUAAAGAUCAUGAGUGAGCUGGUGAGCAACGGCGUCCAGAUUUAUCAGUUCCCGACCGACGACGAAACCGUGAGUGAGAUCAACGCCUCCAUGAACGCCCAUCUGCCGUUCGCUGUGGUGGGCAGCUUGGAAGAGGUCAAAGUGGGGAACAAAACAGUGAGAGCCAGACAGUACCCCUGGGGUGUUGUGCAAGUUGAGAACGAGAGCCACUGCGACUUUGUCAAACUCCGAGAGAUGCUGAUCAGGGUGAAUAUGGAGGAUCUGAGGGAGCAGACCCAUGCCCGCCACUACGAGUUGUACCGGCGAUGCAAGCUAGAAGAAAUGGGAUUCAAAGAUACUGACCCCGACAGCCAGCCGUUCAGCCUGCAGGAGACGUAUGAAGCAAAGAGGAAAGAGUUCUUGGGCGACUUGCAGAGCAAAGAGGAGCAAAUGCGACAAAUGUUCGUCAACAAAGUAAAAGAGACGGAAGCAGAGCUGAAAGAAAAGGAGAGAGAGCUGCAUGACAAGUUCGAGCAGCUGAAGCGGAUGCAUCAGGAGGAGAAGAGGAAGGUGGAGGAGAAGCGGAGAGAUCUGGAGGAGGAGAUGAACGCCUUCAACAGGAAGAAGGUGGCAGCCGAGACACUCUCCUUAUCUCAGCCGCUCAAGAAAGACAAGGACAAGAAAAAUUAAUUUAUGGGCGCUGUAAACCCCCCCACACACGACCACGGAUUUGUCCUCCAUCACCAUAGCAACGUCAACACCUGUUUAUGUUUUGUUUUUUUUGUUUGUUCUCUUUUUGACAUUCCAUCUUACAUUGUGCACAUGGACCAAAGACACUGAGGAUGAUGAUGAUCAUGAUGAAGCCACAGGGGAGAAAAGAAUGAAAGAUGGUGAGAGAUAAUCAUCAGCCAACAGUGGCCGUCUCAUUUAGUCAGGAUCAUUCAUUCCGUUUGUUUUGGACACUUUUUAUAUAUAUAUAUAUAUAUAUAUGCAUUUUGUUUUCCUAUGUUGUGAUUUUCUGUUUUGUUUCAGUUAUUCAUACAGAAACAAGAGAUUAUAACCCCGUCAACCCCUUUUCAACUUUUUGGUACUACAGUGUAACACACCAGGGUCGAAUAUUUGAAACCGAGGCUGAUUAUAAAGAUGGACGACGCGUCUCCACUUCCUCAUUUUGUACAAAAACAUUAAGCCAAACAAUCCUUGGUUUGGCUCCUGCCAUCUUGUUCUCCUCACGCCAGAGUCCGUAACCAGAUCUGCAGUUUGGAGGUGUUUGUAUCCAGGAUAUUUCAGCUUCAUCUCUGGGGGAGGAAGUGGACACAUGUCGCACAUCUUUGUCAACACUCAAUGAGUAUUUGAUAAAAUCCUUAGGUCUGACAUUUAUAUUGAAGACACAAUUGAAAUCAAGUCUUUCUUAAGGUUUUUUUAUCUGAAUAUCUCAAACUGUUUGAAAAGUUGUCCUGGUGUGUCUGUUUACCUUUUUGUUUGAGACUUUAGAUUUAAUGCAUUUCACAGGAGAAUAAAUCCCUGUAUCCAAUGAGCCCAAAUAAUCCAUUUUAAUAGCAAUAUAAAACUGAGUACCUGUAUAUUGUAUAAUUAACUGCAUAUACGUCGGUACUGACGACCUAAACCUUAGUCUUAACUCUUAAUAAAAGUGUAUGCAAUA